CAACGGUACAUAAACUCUAAACCCUUUUAAACACUAACAUGUAUGUUGUGAUGCUCGUUAGCUAUUAUUGUUCUUUAUCUCAUUAAGUUGUCAGUUGUGGUUGAGAAGAACAAAACAAACAGGUAUACAUACAUAUAUGUUGGCACAAGGAGAACAUAUUAAAUGCAUACAGUUGAACUCAUUUCUCUCCGAUGUUGAGUUAAGACAAAUCAGUUUGAUUGAUUGAAAACUGAACUGAAGUCUUGUCGAUGAAGUGGUUUACACUGUAUAGUUUCGCAGAUAAGUUGCUUUAGGAGAGCUUGUUGGUCACUCUUACAGCUUUAGUCGUUGAUUCUUUUGAUCUUCUUUGUGACUUCCUAAUCCGUGUUGAUGCAAUUUUUCAAGAGAAUAAUAUUUUACUGAAUUUAUAAUUUGUCUAAUAUUUUAAGUAGACCUAAGAGCUUGGUUUGUUUUAGGUCUCAGCUUGACUAUAAAAAAAAAUUAAUAACCGGAUUUAUUACUUAUUGAUUAUAUUAUACAAUACAAGACUUCAGUUUUUGGUCAGGAAAAAAAAUAUUUUAAAAAGACUAGAAUAAACGACUUUUUUUGCUAAUUUAAACGGUGUGUGCAGGUGAAACCAUCUUCAAGUUUCUUGUUUUGGAACUCUCUUUCUCACAUUAUAUCAUUUUUUCGGUUCCCUCUUUCUCGUCUGAUCAAAGAUGGGAGGUUUUUUCUCUGUUCCCUUGUCUGGUGAUCAAGUACUGAAAGAUGUUUCUCACCUUUCAUGCUUCAAAGCGAGUUACAUUAAUAGUCUUGAGGAGAAUCUCGCAGCUAUGCAGAGAGACAUGGAAGAGCUCAAGGCAAGACAAACUGAUGUGUUAAGAAGGGUCGAGAGGGAAGAGGAAACCAAAAGUAUGCAACGGCUUGCAGAAGUCAACGUAUGGCUUAAAAAUGUUGAUAACGUCAGUAGACAAGUCAGUUAUCUGCUUAGCAAUAGAACUACUGAACUUCAAAGGUUAUGUUCAAAGAAAUCAAGAUCAAACUACGGUUAUGGGAAAAGGGUGUCUUUGAUGUUGAAAAAGGUCAAUGAUCUCAACUCUAAAGGAGUUUUUGAAGUUGUGGCUGAGCCGGCUACUGAAACGUCUACAAAGGAGAAGAGGCUCUCCAGAUCCAGACCGGAUAUUGUUGGCCGGGAAACAAUUCUCAAGAGGGCUUUGAGCCUCCUCGUGAGUGGUGAAACCGGGAGUAUAGGUCUGUACGGAGUUGGUGGCGUAGGCAAAUCAACUAUUCUCCGAGAGAUCAGCAACAAGAUCACUGCCAGAUUUGAGUUUGUGAUUUGGGUUGUUGUGUCUCAACAUCUGCCUGUCAAGAAGAUUCAAGAAGAGAUUGGUAGGAAGCUAGGCUUUCAUGGGGAGGAGUGGAACCAAAAAGAGGAAAGCCAGAAGGCCAAUGAUAUACACAACUUCAUGAAGGACAGGAGAUUUGCGUUGUUACUGGAUGAUGUGUGGGCGAAAGUGGACUUAACGAAGGUAGGAGUCCCAUCACCAACAAAAAAAAACAAAAGCAAAAUAGCAUUCACCACCCGCUCUCGAGAGGUGUGUGUGCAGAUGGGGGUUGCUGACCCGAUUGAAGUCCAGUGCCUUGCUGAGAAUGAUGCUUGGGACUUGUUUCAGAUGAAAGUUGGAGGACACGCAAGCUGCUCGAAAAUUCAGGAGACGGCAAGAGAAGUUGCUGGAAGAUGUCAUGGUCUACCACUGGCGCUGAAUGUUCUUGGCGAGACCAUGUCUUGCAAGAAGAAGGUGCGACAAUGGAAUGAUGCACUACGCGUCCUGACUUCUUCACCUCGCGUAGAGUUUGCAGAAAAGGAAGAUGAAAUUCUCCCGAUUCUCAAGUAUAGCUUUGACAGUUUGAAAGUGGGAAAGUUGAAGUCAUGCUUCCAGUACUGCGCUCUAUUCCCUGCAGGUUCUAUGUUGAGUAAAAAUAGUUUGAUAGAGUAUUGGGAAGUCGAAGGAUGUGUGGGUGGAUUCGGAAGUCGUUAUAUAGCCAAGAACCGAGGUUAUGAAAAUAUCAAUACACUUGUUCGUGCUGGUUUGUUGAUGGAGAGUGAUGACAGUACCAAGUUUGUUCAAAUGCACGACGUGGUUCGUAAAAUGGCUUUGUGGGUGGCUUCUGAUCUUGGGAAGAACAGAGAAAGAUGGGUUGUGGAAGCCGGUGUUGGGUUACGUGAUAUGGUACCUGUUCAAGACUGGACCGGAGUGAGAAAGAUGUCGCUGAUGAAUAAUGAGAUUGAAGAGAUAUCUGGCGGUCACGAGUGUCAUCAACUUACGACUCUCUUUCUCCAACAAAACAGCAACUUGGUGCGUAUCUCUGGUGAGUUCUUUCAGUAUAUGCCAAUGCUAGUUGUUUUGAAUAUGUCCUUCACUGAGCUCGAGGAAUUGCCGGAGCAGAUAUCACGUUUGUUCGCUUUGCGUUAUCUCAACUUGUCACGGACAAAGAUAGAGCGACUGCCAGAUGGUUUAGGAAAGUUAAAACGUCUAGAACAUCUCAACUUGGAAACGACCAAGAGACUCAAGAGCAUUUAUGGGUUAUCAAAUGCAUCAAGUCUGGGGGUAUUGGCACUCCUAGAUUCAAACGUUUCGCUCGAUGCUAGCACGAUAGAGGAGCUGCAACGCUUCGAACGACUAGAAAGGUUAAACAUAGACAUAUCCUCCAGUUCAGCUUUGAAGCAAUUGCUUAGCGCUCCUGAGUUGGCAUAUUGGAUUGAAGAGGUGUGUAUUAGAGAUCUUCAGAGUGACGAAGCAUGUCUGGUUUUGCCAACAACAAUGAUGCAACUCCGUAAGCUCAUCAUAAAGAGGUGUGGUGUGUUGGAGAUAGAUAUUGGGAGAGCAUCAGACGACACGUUUCUGAUACAUCCAAAACUAGGGAGCCUCUCAAGUGUGACUAUAACUGGCUGCAAUGGACUUAAGGAUCUGACGUGGUUGCUGUUUGUUUCAAAGCUUACCUACCUUAAGCUUCAGUGUUUAGAUAAGGUGGAAGAAAUCAUAAGCGAGACGGGUGAGCAAAACGCAGGAGGCACAAAGACUCCGUUUGAAAAGCUUAAAAGGCUUGAAUUGAGUAACUUACCGAUGUUGAAGAGCAUCUACAGGAAUCCUCUGCUCUUUCCUUGUCUAAAGAAGAUUGAUGUAGAAAGGUGUCCAAAACUGAGAAAGCUUCCACUCAGUUCUGGAAGUUGCCUUGGUGGUGAUGAACUUGUCAUCAGUUACAGUGACGACCAAUGGAUAGAAAGAGUUCAAUGGGAAGAUAAAGCUACUGAAGAACGUUUCUUGCUUUGCUGUGAAAAGGUCAUCAUGCCCUUCUCCUACCCAGGAGAUCUGUGAAGCAAGCCUGUUGCUUCUUUGUUUGUUCUGUGUUGCUUUUUUUUUUUGAACACCUUUGUUCUGUGUUGCUAUCCUUUUGAUUCCUCUCUUUAGUUUGCUUGGUUUGAUUUGAAUCACAAAGAGUUAAUGGUGGUGUGCAAGUGUUCUUUCUAAUGAAAAUUGUAAGAUCCGUUUUGCUUACUCUGUCGAUUGUUGAGUCUUCAAAUGCUAAUGUGUUUGUAUUGCCGGAGACUUGAUUGUAAUAUUGUAUUUUGAUUUGAUACGAAUCUUGUCUCAGUA